AUGGCUUCAACCCUCAAAUUCGUCUGCGCACUAUUCCUCCUCUGCCUUAUUGAGAAAGAUGCAUCAUGUGAGACAAAUGACGUCGCGAAUUCACUUGAUCUUGUGCGUCCAAGGAUAUUUGUUAUUUUCAGAUACUGUCAAUGCAAGCCAGGACAAUUUACAAUUGCUCAAGCGAAGACAGGAGGCUAUGUGUCAGGCAAACCAGAGUAUAGUGUGACAAUCAGCAACAAAUGUCCAUGCACACAACUGGAUUUGACUCUGUCCUGCCAUGGAUUCCAGAGUGCAAAACUCGUUUCAGAAUUGACAAAGACAGGGUCUACGUGUCUUGUUAACAAUGGCCAACCCAUAUAUCCUCAAUCUACAUUCACUUUUACAUAUUCUUGGGAUGCCGCUUUCCCAUUUAAGCCCCUUUCCUCGGCCGUGGCUUGUUCUUAA